GCUUGGUAGUUCGUGACUUGUCUUCCUUGGUAUUGUGAUACACUUUCCCAGUGAGCUCUUGGUGGAACAUGAUGUGCGGGGAUGGUAUGGUCUGAUCAAUUGAGCUUCGAAAUCAUGCUCAGUUGGUAAAAAGUCAAUUGGGGCUCUGCAGCUUCGAUGUGCUCCACUUGAAUGAACAUGAGAACUUGAUCCAUACAGGCCUGUCCUCUUCCUGAAGACCUCUCAGCGUCUUUCAGUCAACUGAUCAAACUUCAGAACACACUCGUUAUUCCGAAAAAGCACAACAGCCAUCAGAAACAAUGCCAGAGAACCGUGCCAGCUUCGGUUACUGCCACAGCAUCCUCAUAAUCCUCGGACUCGCCACAAUAAGCAUAGCACUCAUCGUCAGCGCCUUCAGCCUCGCCCUGAUCAACGAAAACAACCAGAUUCUUCAAGAUGCCACAUUCUCCCAUUUCGACGCGAUUGCGAAGACGGACAGGAAAGCAAUGCGAGUUGCAAGAUGUGAUGUGGGAGUUUGUACGUCCAUGACGACGGUCACCAAGACAGUGUGGGAGACAUCGAAGGUGGAAGGUGCGAAGACGAGGACGAUGAUCGCGUUGAGUAGCGAGUCGUCGGUUGUGAUACCCCCGGGUGUGGUCUUUGUUGAGAAUGAAGUAAAAGCUGUGAAGACUGCUGGAGGAGGAUCGAGGCGCAGGCAGAUUGUUGACGUCAACAAGCCGGAGAUGCAGAUGUGAUAGGCCUCUUUUCUUUUUGUGUAGGCUGGGCGAAAUCCGAAGA